AUGCUACCACUAUCGCGGCCCUUCCUGGCGGUCUGCCUGCAGGCCGUUCUGGCGGUCGCCAAUACCGAGAAAGCGAUAUUCCUCGGUCCGGCCAGCAUCGCAGUCCCGCUCGAGCACCCGACGCUCGACGACCUCGGCCUCGACGUGCUUAGCCCGGCCGCCGCGUCCUCUCCGUCUAUAAGAACGCGCCUCGAGGCCCAGUUCCCAACAGCCUCGUACCCGCAUGGAGCAGCCACAUGGCUUCUGCUGGACGGGCUCGAGGAGGGCCGGCGCUACGAAGUGCGCGUCUGCUGGGCCGCCACGCAACCUACCGCAUUUAGAGUUAUCACGCACGAGGUCGAGGACGUCUGGGCGACGCCCGAGCUGAUCACAUCUCUCUGGGAGUACUCGACGUCGCGGCUGCAGGCACAGGCAGCGUCCGACGACGACGGCAAGACCAACAGACACAACACGCCCCCUCCAUCCCCAAUCAUCGCGCCGCGGAGCCCCAGCGAUGGCCAACCACAAGCGCAGAAACAGCGCGAAGCAUCCGUGCUGCUGCUGCAGAUCCUCGCGGCGGCCGACUACGUGUCGGCGAACGCGACGGUGAUGCGCGACGUGGCGCGCGUCGACGCGGACGUGAUCCUCGACCCGUUCGUGCUGCUCAACGCCGUGCCGCGGUCGCUGCUGCCGACGGCGGCGUACAUCGUGGUCGUGGCCGCCGCGGCGUUCUACGUGGCGCGGUAUGUCGUCGUGGCGCGGCUGCGGGCUUUUGUCGCUGCUGCUGCUGCUGCUGCUGCUGACGAUAAACAAGGAGAUAGAAAACGCCCUAAUAAAAAGACGAGGUAG